AUGGUCCUCGAUCCGUUUACCUCACUCUCUUUGGCUAGUGCGGUAUGCCAGUUCAUCGACUUUUCUGGCAACUUGUUCUCCCAGUCGCGCAAGAUUUACAAGAGCUCUACGGGAUACGACGAUGGUACCGACUUGUUAUUGGCAAUAACCAAUGACCUGCGCUCUCUGCUGGAGAACUUGAAGCCGCCCAUCGAUCUAAAUUCCUUAUCUCUCGAAGAAUUGGAGCUUGUCAACCUUGGCAAUAGGUGCAAACGAAUAGCUAACGAGCUUCUUUUGGUUCUGAAUGAUCUGCAGGACGGUAAAACGUCGCGAUGGAGCAGUUUUCGCGCCGCGCUGAAAUCACUGUGGGCACAAGAUCGCAUCGAUGACAUGACCAAGAAACUCGAGUCCUACCGAUCGCAGCUUAUCCUCCGCUUGACAAUUAUGCAGAGGUAA